AUGUCACCUUGGAUAAGUCUUAAGAGUUCAGAGCUAUUUGACUCUACAAAGGUCGAGUUUCACAAGUCUAUAAAGAUAAACGCUGAUCAGGACAGGAUUAUCCGUGUCCUGGUUCGGCACGUGAAGUAUUUUCUGGGUCUUCGAUUUGAAGUGAGCGGGUGGGAGCAUCUGCAGACAGAGGGACCUUAUGUCAUCAUCUCCAACCACCAGAGCUCCCUGGAUGUUUUGGGCCAGAUGGAGAUCUUACCAGACCGCUGCACCAUGAUUGCCAAGAAGGAGCUGAUCUACGCCGGCACGGUAGGCCUCGUUUGCUGGCUAGGUGGCAUCGUCUUCAUCAACCGCAAGAAGACAAACGAUGCCAAAAGUGUCAUGGCUGAUGCUGCCAAAACCAUGUUGCACGACCAGAUUCGUCUGUGGGUGUUUCCAGAGGGAACCCGGAACCAAAGAGGUGAUCUCCUGCCGUUCAAAAAAGGCGCUUUCCACCUGGCUGUGCAGGCUCAAGUGCCCAUCAUACCCAUUGUUUUCUCCUCCUACAACAACUUUUACCUACGGAAAGAGAAGCAGUUCAAACCAGGGACCAUCACAUUGAAGAUCCUUCCAAAGAUCGAGACAAAGGGCAUGACGUCAGAGGAUGUGUCAUCUCUCGCCGACAAAUCCUUCAAUCUGAUGCGCUCUGUCUUGCUGGAGAUCUCUGACUCCAUAACCCAGAGCAAUGGGCCCUUGAGGCACUGAACAUUAACCACACUCCUGCCUCUCUUUCUCCUGUGCCCCUAUCUGAGACCCAUUCCUCUCCCUCCUUGCUCCCCUCAGGUUGUCCCAUAUCUGGCCAGGAAACAACAUGACACAGGCCUCAUGUCAUGAAAUCUCUUUUUGUCUAAUUGACUCCUGGUCCAGUCUGCUGCUGGCCUGACCAUAGAGCACAGUCAGUCCCGACCCUCACUGUGUCUGCAGCAGCACUGGCAGUGGCGCUGCUCUGCACGCCGUGAGCGGAGUGACGGACGGCAGUCUUAAUAGUAGGGAUGUGUGUUGUUCUUCAUGCAUGCCUUUUGGAUGGCUCUGUCCACUUUCAUCCUUGCUUUGGAAACCUGGCUUGGUUGUUGUCAUACUUUAUGAUGACUUUGUACUUUUUUUUGGCCUUUAUGUCCUGUGUCCUCUUUUUAUUCUUUCACUUUCUGUUGCCAGUGGAUAUUUAUGUGUUACUGUCAUUCUGCCUUGGGUUAGUUCCCUUUGGAUACACACACAAAGUACUUCAUCUCAUUCUUUCCUUUCCUUUUAGUCCCCCCCCCCCCUUUCCAUUCCAGUCUCUUGACUAAAGACAAAAGGAGUGGGGUUUCCACGAGCAGUGGAGUGUGUGGAGGUAAGAGUUCGAUGCCAGUCGACCAUCAGCGAUCUUGGUUCUGUUGCUGUGAAUUCAGCUCUGUAUCCAUAUUGGCUCUGCAGCGCUAUAACAUGCAUCAUGAUGUCAGAAUACAAGGAAUUCAAUGUUACAAGUAUAACAAUGGCACCCAUCUGUACUGGAUUAAUGCACUUAAGUGGACUGAUCAGUUUUCAGUGUUGUGCAUUGUUGGUGUAUCAUUGUACAUUCUUGUGGUUUGUCUCUCCAAAAGAUUAGAAAUAACUUGUGUGCAGCUUGGAGCAGCUCGUGUCUUCUGGCUGUGUCCUGUACAUUUGCUCUCUCUUGAUUUCCACGUGGGUUAAUCUUGUUUUAUAGAAGCUAUCACACAUUUUUUGCUCCUCCUUCACUUAUCUAAGAUGUGUCAAAAAGAGAGUUUCAUAAAGUGCAAUGUCCAACUGUUUUGGCAUUACUGUUCCAAAGUGCAAGCUACCUGAUGUGCCACAACGGAGUGGUUUUCGGAAAGUUUCCCACGGAAGUCCACUAUCCUCUUACUAUGACCUACUUAAUCACUCAUCCACUAAUUGCCCUUAACCAAUGAUAUAAGGUGGUUCUUGCUGAUAGGAAGAGAGUGAAACUUGGGUUCAGCUAUGUGAAGAUAUAAAUCUCAAGAUUUGACUUGGUCUUAUUUGUUCUGAUUAGCAUUCACUAGUUACUAAAAAUCAAAUCUAUAUCUCAGAAGAUUAUAUGCAAUUCAUUAAUUGGAAAUGUGGAGGGUUGUGUCCCCCUCUUUUUUUAUAUAUAUAUUAAUAUGAAAGUGACAUGCAGGUGAACAACACUUUUGUGGUUGUGAUGUUCUGAUUUGAUUUCUAAUUAACCUGAUAGGAGAAUAUUAGAUUAUGGUUAAGUUGUGGAAUUGAUUGGUUCUUGUCGCACUUCGGAUCGUUUGGAAAGCUCGCUUAUGAUCAAUUACUCUUCUGUAAUAUGUACUGCCAAUGACUUGCAAUCAGAUAAUACUGACUGAAUGGUUUUAGUUUACGUCCAACUGAAAUUUCACAUUUCUUACUGCCUUUAUACUGUUAGCUUUUGCCCAUCAAAACCAUCUGAGAAUGUAUUUCAUCAUUCAGGAUAUUUAUAUGCUACUAAUUGCUUUUUGGUUUUUUCCUAUUAUGUUAGUUGGAUCUUGCAUACAUCUGGCAUCAGAUCCAGAACAUGUAUUUAUUUGAGCAUUAAACAUUAAGUUUAGACUGACUUGUACACACACAUCUUCUGAAUGGACUGAUCAAUAGUUUUGGUACUAAGCCUGUACACUGCUGUUCAUAGCUGAGUGCAACAGUAGAUUUAGUGAUAACUUGCUGGGCUUUUUGCUUUAAGUACAUAUGACAGUCAGGGUUUCGUAGGCUGAGGGUGUGGAAUACACGCCCCUACUCGUGACAACUGAUUAAAUUCUGUUUUGUUUUGUUUUUUCCUUAGUUUGAAUAUAUUUAUUGACUCUUUUUCUUAUCUGUAAGAGCUUAUUUUAUCUUUGCAGCCAGUGUUUUGAAUGUUAAAAGGUUUACCAAAUUGGUUUCUUCCAAAAUACAAACUAUAAUGUACCAUAUAAAUGUUGCUAAUGGAGUGUUUUAUCGAAUGAUUUCCUGUUCAUUUCUUGGUUAUUUAGCAGCACAGAUGUGUGAUUUGUAAACUUUGUGUCAUGAGCUCGAACCAGUUGCUAAGGGUCUCUGCAACAGCCCUGCUUCACUAGUUGUUUAUGAACCAAUAUUUAAAAUAUUGGGAAAGACUCAAAGUAUUCUGAACCGUAAUAAAGCACUUUUCGUGCUGAGUGAGUGGAAAAGUAAAACUGCUUUUCUCUGGUUUUCAUCAAAGCUAUUAAAGUGUAACUGGUGGAAGUUUUAGAUGGAUAUGAGAAACAGAGCUGACAUCUUGCAGAGCCUCGUAUGUGUGAGUACAUGUGCACACGUGGCAUAGAAGCUCAUUAUAGUAUCUGUUUAAUAUCGAUGCUGUAGUGUUCUUGUUCUUGUUUACCCUUCUUUUGGGUAAAUGUGAAUGCCUUGCAGAAGAAUAAAUGCAAAUUCAUUAAUUCUUUCUUUUUUCACCCAAAUGUUUUUGUGCACUGAAAUGCCUGCUUUGCCCUCUGCUGCGAUUUUACAUUAGAAGCAGUGAUGGAAAGUAACAAACUGCACUGUACGCUUUACAUGUAUACGUGAGCGUUUCCAUUUCUUCUACUUGAUACUUGUACUCCAUAAUAUUUUAGAGAGAAGUCAGUGCUUUAUACUCCACUACAUUUAUGCAUCUGCUCAUUUGUAGGCCAUUUUACAUAGUGCAGAUGAAACAAAAGUCUUACCAAGUCAUUUGUAUCUGUUACUGAGGCCUACUAGUCUCAGACAUUUUUCUUGAAGCAACCCUUAUUUUUCCUUGGCUUAAGACUGUGAAACUCCCCGCUCUUGAAACAAGUAGUUUUUCAGAUAAAACAGGAGGUAAUAAUUAACUACUGGCUAGUUUUUUUCUUUUCUUUUUUUUUUUUUACAUCUUGAUAAAGAAACAAUAUGAAUGCCAAUUUUUUUUUUUUUUUGUAAAGCUCCACCUCGAUUGGAUUCUGAGUGUUGUUUACAUGUUAACGCAUGAUCAAAAUGAAUGUUAUAUAUUAAAAUGUUGUUAAAAGGC